UGGUUUUGUAGCUUUUUGUCAUUUUUUAUUUAUUCAUUCCACUAAGUCACUGUUUUGUUUUGCCAGAAAGCUUUCUUAUCAUUUAACAAUACAAUAAGUUUAUUCCUUAAGUGAAGAUUACAUAGUGAAAUAAAAUGAUGCGUCGCCCUCAAAAUUACGGAUAUGAACCUGUGCCCCAAAAUCAAAGUGAUGACUUGGAAAUUGAAAACGAGAUGCUGGCUGAUGACUUGAAAAAUAAAAUAUCAAAUUUAAAAAGUCUAACAAUUGAUAUAGGUAAUGAAGUUCGCUAUCAGGACAAGAUUCUAAAUGAUCUGGAUGACGAUAUGAACAGAACUGGAGGUUUUAUGCAAAAUACAAUUGGAAGAGUCGUGAGGUUGAGUAAACAUCGUAAAGGUUACACAUGUUACAUGCUUUUAUUUGCUCUUUUAGUAUUUUUGAUACUUUAUGUUGUACUAAAAUUCAAAUAA